GCCCGCCGGGCCUGCUUCUGCGAGCAGCUCGUGGUACAUGUCCCCGCACCCGUGUCUGAGGCGCCCAGACUUGCUCCACCGCACCUGCCGGCCUGCGGGAAGACUCAUCGUCGCAGAUCGCGGGUUCUGCGCACGACGAUGCCCACAUGCUGGGUGCUGCACAAGACUCUGGUGCUGCGUCUGCGUCUGUUGCGCGCUGCAUCUGCGGAGCUUGAGUCGAGUGCUGCGGCAUCGGCAGCGCUGCCUCAGCGUCUGCAGACGGUCAAUACGUGCUGCAUCUCGCGGUGCUCUCCGCCUCUCGCACCUCGACAGGAUUAUGAUACGACUGACUGACCUGCACGGCUGCUGCCGCUGCGAGCGCCCAGGCGAGAUACGAGCAGUAGCCGCUGCUGCACGGCGGCUCCGGCGUGCCUGAAGCUGCUGGCGGCGUACCACUCUUCAUCCGCGCUAGCGCGAGUGCCGCCCUCCUCCCGCCGCCCGGUUCCCUCGGAGGCUGCGUGUGCUGCUGCGCUGCUUGCCGCGCCCCGCCUUGUCGCUUCUUCGGCUCCCGCCAUACAGUGACGCCGAGCGCACGCUUGCCAGAGCGCAGCGCAGAGCCAAGAGAUGUCGG